AUGGAAAAAAAGAAUGAAGAUGAAGUUGUUUAAAUGAAUGGACAAAUAAGAGUAUUGAAUUAUUUUAAUGAGUUAGGCUGAAUCAAAAGUAGAUUCUUCAUCUCCAAAUAAGAAGAGUGGGUCUGGUGAUGCAUAAUAUGCUUCAAGAACAAUAACACAUAGGAAGUCUAUGAAUUAUGGAUCAAGAUCAAGUAAAUCAUCUUCGGAAAUUCAUUUUGGGAUGAAAGUACAUAAUAAUCACAAUUUUAGAAAAGGAUUGAGCAUUUUCUGGAAAGUUUCAAUUAUAUGAUAUUUAUGACUGUAAUAACGAUUUAUGCAUUAUUUGGUGAUGAUAUAAGAGUGUUAUCAACAAAUAAAGUAUACAUUUUGUAUUAAUAAGGAUGGAGAUGCUGCUUUUUGGGUGAUAACUGCAAUAUGUAUGGGAUUUUUUUUGGUUGAAAUUGUAUUGGCUUCAGUUUGUAAAGUAAAUUAGCUUUCAUUUUAUUAAGGAAGGAUAUAUUCUUGGAUUCUUUUUUUGGUUGGAUUUAUUAUCAACUAUUUCAAUGUUAUUAGAUAUUGGAUGGGUAAAUGAGGCAAUGUUUGGAAGUGGUGGUGGUGCAGCUUUGAGUGCUGUAUCAUUGGCAAGGUUUAUAUAUAUAUAUAAAUAUUGAAUAUAGAGCAGGGAGAGCUUCAAGAGUAGGAACAAGAGCAGGAAGGAUUGUUAGAGUUGUGCGACUUGUUAGAUUAUCAAAAUUAUAUAAACAUGCAAAAUAAUCUUUAGAGAAAGAAGCAGAAAAACUAUUAGCAGAAGAAAUGAAGGAUGAAAACUUGAUGGACCAAAAUAAUUAAGAAUAAGAACAACCAGUUAAUUAAUAAUAAAAUAAUGAUAAUAUAUCAUCUUAAAAGUCAGUAGAUUCAUCUGAGAGACAUGUAAGAGAUUAAGAUGAAUAACCACAUUUAUAAAAGACUCCAUAAUAAAGGACUUCAAUUGUGUUAUAAAAUAGAUAAAGUAGUUAAUUCAACUCAGAAAAUGAAUAGAGAUUUCAAAGAAGACAAACUAGAAAAAUUGUAUUGUCUGGAUAAAUUUAAUCAUUAACCACUAUUCAAAAAAGAAAAUCUAUUAUCCAAACUCCUGGGAAAACAUUAUAAAGAGUUUCAGAUGAAGGAGAAGUUAAAGAAACUAAUAUUGGAAAGGAAUUAACAGAAUUAACAAAUAAAAGAGUUAUUACAAUUGUGAUGUUAAUCUUAUUUAGUGUACCUAUUUUAAAUCUAAGUACUUAUGGUGAUCCUAAUGUUAGUUUUACUACAGGUUUAUAAGCAAUUUAAUAUUGGUCUAAAGACACUGAAAUCUAUACUUAUUUAAUCAAAGAUUUUAUAGUUUAUCAUGAAUCUUUAAGAACUUAAUUGGUAUUUUUUGAAAUCAAUUCAACAAUUUUCUAUCCAUAUGAAGAUUAAUAUUAAUAUUAGGAUUAUAGAACUGCCUCUUUAUAAUAUUAUACAUCUACUGAUUCUUCAGAUUAAAAUGCUGUAUGUAUUUGUACAACAAUAGCAGAUGAUGAAUUGAAUGCAAUUUUAUCAAUUGUAAGAACUAUUUUCGUUUCUAUUGUACUUUCUGUUGCAGCAGUUUUGUUUAGUAAAGAUGUUUAAGAUUUAAUUUUAACACCUAUUGAGAAAAUGUUGGAAACUGUCAAAAAAAUAUCAGAGAAUCCUUUAGUUGCAGCUUAAGAAGAAGAGAAUAAGGCAUUUAUUUAAAUGGUUGAAAAUGGAGAAAUGAAAGCAUUAGAAGAUUAAGAGGAUGAGAGAUUAGAAACGGUCAUUUUGUAGAAAUUGAUAGUGAAGAUAGGAACUUUAUUAGCACUUGGAUUUGGUGAAGCUGGUUCUUAAAUUAUUGCUUAAAAUAUGGGAGCUAAUGCAUCUAUUAAUCCUAUGUUGCCAGGAAAAAAAGUGAUGGCCAUAUUUGGAUUUUGUGAUAUUAGAAAUUUCACUGAUGCCACAGAAGUAUUAUAACAAGAUGUUAUGGUAUUUGUGAAUGAGAUUGCUGAAAUAGUACAUGGAGUUGUGGAUUAAUUCUCUGGAAGUGCUAAUAAAAAUAUUGGAGAUGCUUUCUUAUUAGUAUGGAAAUAUGCAGAAACUGAUUAUUAUCAAGAUGAAGAUGGAAAUCUACGUCUUAAACCUUAUGAACAUGUUUCUUAAAUUGCAGAUAUGGCUAUCCUUUCUUUUGUUACUAUCAUCACCAAUGUUACUUUAUCCUAAAAAUUAUAGAAAUAUAAAUAACAUGAAGGAUUGAAUAAUAGAAUACCAAAUUAUUCUGUAAAAAUGGGAUUUGGAUUACAUAUUGGUUGGGCUAUUGAAGGAGCCAUUGGAUCUGAAUACAAAAUUGAUGCCUCAUAUUUAAGUCCUAAUGUUAAUAUGGCUUCUAGAUUGGAAGCAGCCACUAAACAAUUUGGAUCCAUGAUUCUCAUUUCAGGAUAAUUGAGGGAUGUUGCCACAAAAAUUACUUAAAAGAAUCUACGACACAUUGAUAGAGUAACUGUCAAAGGUAGUAUUGAACCAAUGGAUAUUUAUACUGUUGAUUUGAAUGUUGAUUCUUUACUUAGAAAAGAUCAUAGAAAAAAAACUAUUGUUGAUUUUCAUAGAAAAGAAAAAAUUAAAUAAGCUUAUUUCUCAGAAUCUGAAUAAUAGAAAUAAAAAAAAAAAUAAAAAGUUUUAAAAAGAAUGAAAAGAGACAAACUCAAAUAGGCUGUUCUUAAAAGUCAUGUUUUAAUAUCUGAAACUUGGACUAAAGAUCCAAACAUAAAAAUAUCAAGAGCAUUAUUUAGAAAAGUAAUUAUAUUCUAUAUUUUAUUUAGGAAUUCUAUCAAAAAUGGAAUGAAGGAUUCCAUUGCUAUCUAUCUGGAGAUUGGGAUAAAGCCAAAUCUAUAUUUGAAGAAACAUUAGUAAUUUUAUAAUAUCAAUAUUUUUUAGAAUUUUCUACCUAAUUAUAAAGAUGGUCCUUCAAACACCCUUUUAAGAGUUAUCAAAGAAGAACCAUAUCUUAGAAAUAAUUGGAAGGGUUAUCGUGAACUAACUGAAAAAUGA